UCAAGAUAUUUGGAGAAGGGGAUCCAAACCUAGCGCACUUUAUUUUAUUUCGGGCAACCGUCGAAUUCCCACUUCUAUAAAUACCCACCACCACUCGCAUCAAUCACUUAUCCGAAAAGCAGGAAAAAUAGAUUUAAAAAAAAAAGUUGUUAAGCCUAGAAUCUUAAAUGCUCCCUCAAAACCCUAACCCUAAUUCCUGAUUGCGUUGAUUUUGUUUUUUUUUUUUUGAAUUUUGUUGGAGAAGAAGUAUCUCUGUUUGCCGAAAUUGAAUUGAAUUCUUGGAAUAGUAAUGUCUGCUAUAGUGUGUGGUAAGAGAUCGUUCUUCGAGGACAUAGAAUCAGCGGCGUCGUCGCCGACGUCGGCGUCUCCACCGGUUUACAAGAAGUUCCGGUGCUCUUCUGCCACCUCUCCGGUCCGAUUCACUUAUUCACCGCCUGUUCAUCUUAGUCCGGUUGAUCAGCUCAAGGCUUUGUUUCCUGAUAUGGAAGUUCAGCUUCUUGAGAAAGCAUUAAAAGACGCUGGCGAUGACUUAGAUUCUGCUAUUAAUAGCCUUAACGAGCUUCAUCUUGGAUAUGCAAAGGGCAACUCAGGGUCAGCUGCUGAAGAAAAUCCAAACAUGGAAAAAGCAGGUGCAACAUUAACUGGUGGGAAUGCAGUUCCUUUGGAGGAGCCUCAGUUCCAAAACAACCUGCCAGUAGAUGGUGCAGAGUGGGUGGACUUAUUGGUGAGAGAGAUGAUGACUGCCACUAGCAUAGAUGACGCCAGAUCCCGGGCAGGGCGCGUAUUGGAGAGUCUGGAGAAAUCUAUCAGCACUCGGGCUAGUGCUGAGGUUGCUGAAGGUUUUCACAAGGAAAACAUGAUGCUUAAGGAACAAAUAGAGGCACUACUCCGAGACAAUGCAAUCCUCAAACGUGCUGUGGCCAUCCAGCAUGAACGCCAGAAGGAGUAUGAUGAGAGCAACCAAGAGGUACUGCAAUUGAAGCAGUUGGUGGCUCAAUAUCAGGAGCAGUUGCGAACUCUUGAGGUGAACAAUUAUGCCUUGACAUUGCACUUGCGUCAGGCUCAGCAGGGCAACUCUAUCCCGGGACGUUUUAACCCAGAUGUAUUCUGAUGAAAAAACAUGGAUGCUGUCUCAUUAAGCGUAGCGUGCAUCAGCUGCUUCUUAUAUAGGUUGUAUGUUGAAAUGUUCGACACCAAAAUUAAUAUAAUAUAAUGCUGAAAUGUUGGAUGCUAAAAUUCUAUGAAGUUGUGCAAGUUGGCAGUCAUUUUUCCGAGGAUUGGCCUCUAUAGCAAUUUACUAAUGUUAUAUGGAACAUUGUGAUUCGAAAUAGUUUUUUCCUGCAAGUUGAUCUUGCUCUUGGUUUGUGAUCCUCUGUUUUCUCUU